AUGAUGCGCCGCAAGACCUCCUCCUCAUACGGCGAACUCAACGUUGAUCAGCUGAUCUCGACGCUGGUGUCGGUGAAACCGUGGCAUAAGACGCUCGAUGUCACUGAGAACGAGAUUCGAAUGGUUUGUGUGCUCGCCCGACAGAUAUUCAUGCAUCAGCCGAUGCUUCUCGAGCUUGAGCCGCCAUUAAAAAUUGGAGGCGACAUUCACGGUCAAUACUCCGAUCUUCUUCGAUUAUUCGGCUUGGCUGGUUAUCCGCCGGAAUCCAAUUAUCUGUUCCUUGGAGAUUAUGUUGAUCGCGGCCCGAAGAGUAUUGAGACGAUUCUCCUAUUGUUGUGCUACAAAAUUAAGUAUCCCAACAAUUUCUUCCUGCUUCGCGGAAACCAUGAAGUGGCGAAUCUCAACCGAAUCUACGGGUUCUAUGAUGAAUGCAAACGUCGUUACAACGUGAAACUGUGGAAAUGUUUCCAAGACGUGUUCAACUGUAUGCCGGUCGCCGCUCUAAUUGACAAUAAGAUAUUCUGCUGUCACGGAGGAUUGUCGCCGAACCUGCGAUCGUUGGACCAACUCAAAAGAAUCUCGCGACCAUGCGAUGUUCAGGAGACUGGUCUUCUGUGCGAUAUUCUGUGGUCGGAUCCAGACGCAACCGUUGUCGGAUGGGCUCCCAAUGAGCGCGGCGUCAGCUAUGUGUUCGGUGUUGAUGUGCUCGCUCAGUUUUUGCAAAGAAUGGAUCUCGAUAUUGUUGUCAGAGGACACCAGGUUGUUGAAGAUGGCUAUGAGUUUUUCGGCCGUCGCGGAUUGGUCACCGUCUUCUCGGCACCGAAUUACUGCGGCGAGUUCGACAACGCCGGUGCUGUGAUGAACGUUGAUGAGAAUCUCCUAUGCUCGUUCCAGAUUCUGAAGCCGCAAUCGCAAAUCGUGAUGGACGCGGCGCUCGCCGAGAAGCAAAACAACUUCGUCUCGAAUUUGUCGAGCAUGGCCAACGUGAAAAUCGAGCAGAAGCAGCCGCAAAUGAUCCAGAAAAGAUUCCGUCGCGGAAUGUUGUAG